AUGGACAAGCCAGCAACACACAACUCGCCUCGGACCUGGUUCCUGACAUCGUCGCUAUCGCCGCUCUGCAUCCGCUUGAUCCGGCAGCUGCUGGCGCACGGCGACUACGUGGUGUGCUGUCUGCCGCCGCAGGAGGUCGAGGAUGACGAGCGCAGCGCCGAGUUCCGCGAGCUCGUCAACGAGUGCAAGAGCAAUCGCAAGGACCGUGAGGGCUGGAAGGACCGCAUACGCGGAAUUCGCUGCGAUGGCCGGACUAUGGGCCAGUGCGGCGCUGCUAUCGCCGAGGCGGUGCAUGUCUUUGGCAGGAUAGACAUCUUGCUGUGCUGCAAGUUUGAAGCCGUCAUUGGCACCGUAGAGGAGCUCUCCGCUACACCGGCCACGCGCAAUCUCAUUCGCGACCAGUUUGAAACUAUUUUCUUCUCCCAAGUAAACUUCAUCAAGGCCGCCCUCCCCCAGUUCCGUGCCCAGCACACCGGGCACAUCAUGAUCCUGACCAGCAUCGGCGGCCACAUCGGCACGCCUUGGAUGUCCAUCCACACAGCAGCGACCUGGGCGCUCGAAGGCUACUGUGACUCGCUCGCCUACGAGAUUGCCCCCUUCAACAUCAAAGUGACUAUCGUCCAACCCAACAAGGAGAUACAGACUCUCACCAACAAGAUCAUCUUCUCCCCUCCCUUGCCCUGGUACACCGACCCGGACAUCAACCCGCCCACAGUCCCGUCCAUGCGCGACAUGCUGGUCAACGUGCUCAACGCGAAUCCAGAUACUACCAUCGACCGGCCAUAUGAGCACACUGAGAUCCUGUACCGCUAUCCGCGCUUGUCGCCCCCGGCUUACGACAAACUCGUUACUGAGACUGUUCAUGCGCUGUGUGCCAUUGGCGGGCACGAAAACCCGCCUGCUAGGCAUAUCGUUGGGUUUGAGGGCGCUGUGGCGGUCAAGGAGAAGCUCAAGACCGUUAUGGAGGAGCUGGAGGAUUUUGUGGAGGCAAGUCUGGCUGUGGAUAUCUUUGAUAGUGAGCUGAAGCAGGAGGCGAGGCAAGGGAAGUCGAAUUUGGACGUGCCACCACCGCCGCCGUCGGUAGCAAGUGGGUAG